AUGAGGCCAGCAGCAGCUUCGGCAAAGCUGGCUGGGAAGCAGGGGACAGGUCCCUCCAGUGCCAUGGAGACGCCCCCCGAGGCCCCAGCUGGGAGCAGAGACAAGACGCGCGGCGAGGACAUGGUGGGGAUGGGGAAUGACGGGGUCAGCGACGCCGGGGAGGGGUCCAAGCAGCAGCCACUGUUACCUGCUCAGGGCCAGGGCCAGAGCAAGACACAGGAGCAGGACGGGGCGCAGGGCGCAGGCCGUUCAGAUUCUGCUGGAUCCGAACUGAGCGAGUGCCAGGAACGGGGAGAAGCCGUCGCUGCUGCUCCAGGCCCAGGGGCCCCUGCACCGAACGGGGACAGCUCAGCCAACGCCGAGGCAGGCCCAACCGGGCCGGGGACGGAAGGAGCUUUGGCAGAGCUGGCUGGGCAGCAGGGGAGAGACGCUGCCUCCAGUGUCACUGCAGUGGGGACGGGGGAGCCAGCUGCGAACACGGUGCUGGAUACUGCACAGAAGGAAGACGCCGAGGGAGAGCCAGGAGGCAGCGGCAGGGGAGCCCCCUACUCUGUCUCCGAGGUGCUGGGGCCAGCACAGUGUCUCCUGGGACAGGAGGUGACCCUGAGCUGCUCCAUGGGGGGGACAUUCCCCGAGGACGCAGCUGGGAGCAGAGACAAGACGCGCGGUGAGGACACGGUGGGGAUGGGGAAUGACGGGGUCAGCGACGCCGGGGAGGGGUCUGAGCAGCAGCCGCUGUUACCUGCUCAGGGCCAGGACCAGAGCGAGACACAGGAGCAGGACAGGGCACAGGUCACAGGCCGUUCAGAUUCUGCUGGAUCCGAACUGAGCGAGUGCCAGGAACGGGGAGAAGCCGUCGCUGCUGCUCCAGGCCCAGGGGCCCCUGCACCGAACGGGGACAGCUCAGCCAACGCCGAGGCAGACCCAGCCGGGCCGGGGACGGAAGGAGCUUCGGCAGCGCUGGCUGAGCAGCAGGGGAGAGACGCUGCCUCCAGUGUCACUGCAGUGGAGACGGGGGAGCCAGCUGCAAACACGGUGCUGGAUACUGCACAGAAGGAAGACGCUGAGGGAGAGCCAGGAGGCAGCAGCCGUUCAGAUUCUGCUGGAUCCGAACUGAGCGAGUGCCAGGAACGGGGAGAAGCCGUCGCUGCUGCUCCAGGUCCCGGGGCCCCUGCACCGAACAGGGAUAGCUCAGCCAACGCCGAGGCAGACCCAGCCGGGCCGGGGACGGAAGGAGCUUUGGCAGAGCUGGCUGGGCAGCAGGGGAGAGACGCUGCCUCCAGUGUCACUGCAGUGGAGACGGGGGAGCCAGCUGCAAACACGGUGCUGGAUACUGCACAGAAGGAAGACGCCGAGGGAGAGCCAGGAGGCAGCGGCAGGGGAGCCCCCUACUCUGUCUCCGAGGUGCUGGGGACAGUACAGUGUCUCCUGGGACAGGAGGUGACCCUGAGCUGCUCCAUGGGGGGGAUGUUCCCCGAGGACCCAGCUGGGAGCAGAGAUGAGACGCACGGCGAGGACACGGUGGGUACAGGGAAUGACGGGGUCAGCGACGCCGGGGAGGGGUCUGAGCAGCAUCCGCUGUUACCUGCUCAGGGCCAGGACCAGAGCGAGACACAGGAGCAGGACAGGGCACAGGUCACAGGCCGUUCAGAUUCUGCUGGAUCCGAACUGAGCGAGUGCCAGGAACGGGGAGAAGCCGUCGCUGCUGCUCCAGGCCCAGGGGCCCCUGCACCGAACGGGGACAGCUCAGCCAACGCCGAGGCAGACCCAGCCGGGCCGGGGACGGAAGGAGCUUUGGCAGAGCUGGCUGGGCAGCAGGGGAGAGACGCUGCCCCCAGUGUCACUGCAGUGGGGACGGGGGAGCCAGCUGCAAACACGGUGCUGGAUACUGCACAGAAGGAAGACGCCGAGGGAGAGCCAGGAGGCAGCGAUUCUGCUGGAUCCGAACUGAGCGAGUGCCAGGAACGGGGAGAAGCCGUCGCUGCUGCUCCAGGUCCCGGGGCCCCUGGACCGAACGGGGACAGCUCAGCCAACGCCGAGGCAGACCCAGCCGGGCCGGGGACGGAAGGAGCUUUGGCAGAGCUGGCUGGGCAGCAGGGGAGAGACGCUGCCUCCAGUGUCACUGCAGUGGAGACGGGGGAGCCAGCUGCAAACACGGUGCUGGAUACUGCACAGAAGGAAGACGCCGAGGGAGAGCCAGGAGGCAGCGGCCGUUCAGAUUCUGCUGGAUCCAAACUGAGCGAGUGCCAGGAACGGGGAGAAGCCGUCGCUGCUGCUCCAGGCCCAGGGGCCCCUGCACCGAACGGGGACAGCUCAGCCAACGCCAAGGCAGGCCCAGCCGGGCCGGGGACGGAAGGAGCUUUGGCAGAGCUGGCUGAGCAGCAGGGGAGAGACGCUGCCUCCAGUGUCACUGCAGUGGAGACGGGGGAGCCAGCUGCAAACACGGUGCUGGAUACUGCACAGAAGGAAGACGCCGAGGGAGAGCCAGGAGGCAGCGGUCCUUCCAGUGCCCUGGAGACGCCCCCCGAGGACCCAGCUGGGAGCGGAGACAAGACGUGCAGCGAGGACACGGUGGGGACGGGGAAUGACGGGGUCAGCAACGCCGGGGAGGGGUCUGAGCAGCAGCCGCUGUUACCUGCUCAGAGCCAGGAGCAGAGCGAGACACAGGAGCAGGAUGGGGCGUGGGUCACAGAUUUUGCUGGAUCCAAAGUGAGCAAGUCCCAGGAAGGGGGAGAAGCCGUUGCUGCUGUUCCUGGGGCCCCUGCACCGAACGGGGACAGCUCAGCCGAAGCCGAGGCAGGCCCGGCCAGGCCAGGGAAGGAAGGAGACGGCGCGAGGGACAGAGUUUCCACAAGUGUUUUCUCCAGGAAUUGA